AUGCCGCAUAUCGACGACGUUCCUUCUGAGCUUCGUAUCCUCGUCUGUGCGCACAUCUACGCGGCAGGGCUUCCGCCGCUGUACCCAUCGCUCGAUCCUACGUAUACCCUGCCGGCCGGAGCACCGACGAGUCAACCCACAUCGUAUCCGCCUUCUACCUGGACCGAGCCCGUAGCUCGCACAACUCUUGCAAACCUCUCUCUCGUCAAUAAGGCGUGGUGCUCCGCUGCUCGACCGUGGUUGUGGCGCAAAAUCGAGGUUCGCCUGCCCCGUAGUUGGUUGGCCUUGGUCGACGAGGUUGUUGGCGACGUCAAUGCUGCCGACCCGGAGGACGCCGCACGCCACAUCGACUCCACCGUGCAGGAGGCGGCGGAGGCUGUCGUGCAGCGAAAGGAUGGGUGCCGCGAUGAGAACGCUACCAGGCAAAUCAAGGAGGCCAUCCUUGAAUCAAUGGCGAGCGGCCCUGACAUCACCAUCCCGAUCGAGCUGCUCUCUCCUCCGGCAUCGCGCGAGCCGAGUCGCGAUCGGCCCCGUCAAGUUCGCCAGAACAGUCGGAGUCCUGCUCGCUGGACCCUCAUGCGUUCAAUCACCAACGCCCUGCAGUCCCUUCUGAUCGGCAACGAGGGUGGCAUGUAUGUUGACCUGCACGACCGUAGGCCAGGUCGCUACAUUCAGCAACUUGACUUCAAUCAUUUCCGAACCAUUGGCAUGCGCCGCUCGGUCGACGAGGGUGUUAAUAGCCGCUUCGUUACUGGUGACCGCCUUGAGGCUCUACUCCGAGAAACUCCAAACCUCACGGCAUUCGGUGCCACGGAGUACAUGGACGGCGCUCUGACUCUGCCCGUGCUCAAAGAACUCUUCCUUCGUGGUUCCGGCACGGCAGGUCGCCAUCGGCCGACUCGGCGUGGACGGACAACCCUGGCCGAUGAUGCGGAACUCGAUGACGAUGUCGAUCCUGAGGAGGCUGCUCGACGCCGUGAAUGUCGCGAGCUGAACGCUCUGGACUUCACUGGAUGCGUGUCUGCUGUGUUCGUCAACGCAUUGACCGAACUUUCGCGAAUCUACUUCGCCGAAGACAGUCCGAACCCGAUCUUACUCUACGGCCUUCACCGGCUUAGCUUCCGCGGUGCCAAGUCGCUCCCUUCCGCUUCUCUCCACGGGCUUGUUCUCAAUAGCCCUUACUUGACGCACCUCGACCUUUCGGGUACGCGUGUCGAGCCGGCCCUUUUGGAUCGUCUUGCGUCAUCAACCACGCUGCGCUUGUACUCCCUGUCGCUCUCACGCUGCGUCCGCUUGACCGGCCACAGCAUCCACAAGUUCCUGAUGCAUGCUCCUGGCGCCCGUACGAUCUGCGAGCUCAACCUCUACGGAGACGGUACAUAUCCAUGCCCAUUGUCUGGAGAUGAGCUGCGUGAACUGGUAUCGAGGGCGCCAUGCUUCACGUCUGGCAUGUUGCGGUACCUCGACCUCUCCAGUGCACCCUUGGAUGCCGACAUUCUCUCCGCCGUCGCUGUUCAACCCGCCUUACGCUCGCUCGGUCUUGCGCAUAUUCCGUCACUUCCUCUUGACGCACUCGCCGUUCUACUCCCCGCGAAGGCGCCCGCCGUCGAGGUGCUUGCAUUGACCAAUUCAGGCGCGGAACUCGGGUAUGGCGCGCAAGCCGUAUCUGUGCGCUCGGCUUCACUCGCGCUGCAUACGAAGCUCAUCAACCCGUUGUGCAUGCCGCCCUUCUCGCUCAGCGGACCUGCACGCCCCCCGCCGACGCGUCUACGUGUCAUCGAGCUCGCCGCUCCCCUACUUUCGGCGCUCGGUCGUGGAGGCGGCUCAUGGCGGGUUGUGCGUAGCAAAGGCGGACGCGGUUGGUAUGUCGACAGUGCGAGCGGAUGGAUCGCGGAGGCGGACGGCGAGCAGGUUGGGUUGAGGAGGGGACUCGGCGAGUCGCACCCGUGGCGCGUCAUGAUCGAAAAGCUUGCGGACGCGAAGGGCAAUGUCAACAGCGGCGUCGGCUGGCACGCGCGCAAGAUGGAGGUUCUCUACGGUCGUGGCUUGCUCGGGAGAGAGGAUGGGUUGUACGGCGCCGUCUCUUUUGCCUAUGCCGGUUGA